AGGUCUCGUCGUUCUAUUUCUUAUUCUUUCCCCCCCACACAAGGAUGCACGCGAUAGAGACGUGCUUAGGAGAGUGGCACGACUAGAGCGAGCACGGCAGCUAGCAGGUACGGCUGGACCCGGACGCGGCCGCCGGCGCCCGCGCGCCGCCCGGCCUCCACGGCCCGCACCGCCUCCUGCCGCAGCUCCGGCGGCAGCUGCAGGCAGACCCAGUCCAUGAGCGCGUCCACGUCCUUGGCGAAGUCCAGCAGCGAGCAGUCUGCUUUCGUUGAGCUGAUGGCGGAAGAUAGCGGAGGCUGGGCAUGCUCCCCAAGGACAAGGAGAUCAAAUCAUGGGAGGCUUCGGCAGGCAUGCAAGCUGAUACACUCAAAACACUUUGGAUCCCCUGAAGAAGACGACAAGGUGUUCACGAAAAUUGAAUCAAAUCGAAAUGUGAGGCUGCGGCGGGGUCCUAAGGCUCGGAUAAUGGCCUCAGCGCACCCAUUCUGGACCCACAAAUCAGUGUCUUCAGGUGGUAACGAGAUAAUUUCGGGAGUUAAUGCUGGGGGGCUGUCGUCUCCCGAAGAGUCGCGUGCGAUCCUCCCAAGGACGACUUGCACUUCUUCCAGUUCGUGUGGCUGGGACAGCAAGGUUGGGAGAGGUCCUCAAGUUAACUCAUCGGACUCCGUUUUAGCCGACCUAAUCAAGAGGGCCAAGGCUUUUGGAAAACCACGCUCCUGCUUGUUCCGGCUUCAUCAAGGCAAGGUCCCUAGGCCCGUGGCGGUGGAUUUAAAAGGCGCCAUCCUCUCAUCGCAUUCACCAUCCUAUGCUGAGAUGGCUGCCCGUCCGCCUGCUCCAGCCAGCAGGUCGAGUGAAGCUGCUCAUCGCCCAUUCGCCCCAAACAGUAGACUCCCAGGGAUGGCGGUAUCCAGACAGAGUGAUGGGUGGCAUGGGCGCACCUCCCCACGUCAAGGACGUGGAUUUGGAGUGCAGCCGCAGCGCCAUGGUCCGGGGCACGGAGGUCCCCUGGGCCGGGGCAGUCUUGGUCGUGGAGCAGCAGGCCGGGGUGGACGAUUUCCACCACAGCCGCGGUUCCAACAGUACGGGGAGGUGCCCGCGGCAAGCCAGGAGACGAUGCCUCAGGCGGCCACUGCUGAUGGUAUGUCUUGGAUGCCAAGGGAUGCUGAGCGCAGGCAGUCGACAGCGGCUCCCCCAGGUAACUCUGUGAAAGCAAAGAAACUAAAGUCUCCUCUGUGCUUCCGUUGCAAGUUGAGUGGCCAUUUAAAUGAUGAGUGCAAGGCAGAUUUAGAUUGUGUGGUGUGUAACAAGAAGAAUUCACAUGUGGUAGCCAAGUGCCCCCUACUGAAAUUGCCUAAGCCCGAUGCCUCCUUCUUUGGCUUUGGUAAUAACGAGUUAGGCUUCUUUCGCAUUCCGGAUUUCGACUACAGGCUAGAAACACCUGACCCUGCCCCGACUGCUCUGAUCAAAGUGAGUGGGGGGAAGCUCUCGGCUGAGGCGGUGCAAGCUGAACUAGCUCGAUUCAUUACAAAAGAAUGGGUUUGGGAGGCGCUACCCCAUAGUGAUGAUUCCUUCUUGGUGGUAUUUCCCUCAGUUGAUGAACUAAUUAGGAUGGCUGAUGUGGAGUUCACUCUCAAAAAUCAUGGAGUUACUCUCACCAUCUCUGAAUGGAAGGAUGCUAGUGAUGUUGAACCCAGUUAUCAAUUGGACGAGGUUUGGGUUCAUGUGAGGGGAGUACCUCACGCUUGGAGGCAUUAUUUGGGUUUUUGGGCCCUAGGAUCGGUAAUCGGCGCCACUCUUGAUGUAGACAUGUACACCUAUAGAAAGAUGGGCGUCAUCAGACUGCUUGUUGGUGUGAUGAGCAGAGAUCCACUACCCCUGACCACCGAUAUUGUUUUUGACAAGAAGGGAUACGAGAUCACCUAUUCUAUAGAGGAUAAGAACUUCAUUCCUGCAUCUCCGGUGAUUUUUAGGGAGGAGUCUCGUAAUGAUGGUGGGGGUGGUAUGGACAAGGUUUCUGAACAAGAGGAUAAAAGUCCAGAACAUGCUUUCAAAAAGCAUAAAUUAGAUGGGAAGGGGGGUGGUGCUGGUUCUAUGGCAGGGGGUUUUGGUGAUGGAGAAGAUUCUCCAAUGCUUGGGGCUGCUGCCAUUUCACCCUUGGAGAAGGCUAAUGAACCUGUGCCUGCUGUGAUGAAGGGUUUUCCUUUGCUCAACUUGUCUGCCCUGCAUUCUGUACGUCCCUCUUUGAAUGGCCGAACUGGGGCAGAUCUGAAGCUGCAUAAGAAUGGAAUGUCAUCUGCUGCUGGGUUUCUUUCUGGUGGCAAAAGGAGCUCUGUUGUUGGGUCAUAUGAUACUAAUGGCUGCAACUUAAUGCUACAGAGUAUUCUUGAUGAGCAGAUAGUGAGUAACAUGAAAGGGGCUGACCCGACUGGUGUGAUUAACUCUGUACACACGACCAGGAUUGUGCCUGACGCAAGCAGCUGGUCCAAGAAUAUUCCUGAUGAGCAGUUAGUAAGUAACAAGAAGGGGGUUGGUCCGUCUGUUGUGCUUACUUCGGCACACACGGCCAUGAAUAUGCCAGCGGCAUGUUGCUGGUCCAUGCCUGCAUUCCAGGGACAGAGGAGUUUUGCAUUUGAAAGGGAGGGCCAGCCGAUGGAUGAUGUAAGGAAGAUUGAACGCAGUUUGCAUAUUGGGGCGGGGCAAGUAAAAUUGCCCAUCCCACCGGAGAAGAAACUGAUGCCUCCGGGGAAAGAUGAGGAUUCUACUUUGAAGGCUAUGAAGAGGGCUUCUCGUCGCAAUCUUGAUGGCGAUUUGAGUGGAUUCAAGCCGGCUGGUCAAGCGCUACGCACGGUGUCCACUUCAUCUCUUCCGAUUGGGCCGUUUCAGUCAGGUUAUCCAUUUGGCGUCACAGAAGCUAUCAAGUUGGGCCAUCCUUCAGCGAGAGGAGCUGCGACCGUUGGUUGUGGAGGGUUCGCGACUCUUGGUGCGAACGGCCACGGUCUUUUUUUCCCGGGUGCAUGGGUGGCGAUCUAGUCUUCGGAUUGACUGUCGCUAGACUGGGAAAGUUGCUGCGUUUAUGUUUGUUUGUUUUUUUUUAGUUUGGCUAUGUGCAUUAGGCAGAGGCCGGAAGUUUGUGUACCAAGACUAUGUAUCCUCUUGAUGUAUCGCUCUUGGUAACCUUUAAUAUAAAGCUUCCUUUAUCGAAAAAACUAACUACGAUAGUUCCCAAAAAAGUUUCUAAAUUAAUUUUGGUGCUAUUAUCCAAAAAUCAUGCUCCAAAAGUGUCCUUAACAGAACAGACCCAAACUUGUUUUUCUUUCCUUUGGAACAGAGGAUUUUUUUCUUGUUUCCUAUGUUUUUUCUGUGAAAAUGAACUGACUCCUAUAAAAUCCUUGUAUGA